UUCGAUUGUGUUUCAGAUCAGCAGAAGGACAGUUUGACGCCAUCUUGGAUUUCGGUGCAAUGACCUCUCUCAAGAAAGCUGACCUCCAGGGUUACGCUAACGUGCUCAAAGACCUGGCCAAACCCGGAUGUAAACACCUGGUGGAGAGUUUUGUCUACGACACCACCAAAUUCCCAGAUAUAGAGCCUCACUGCUUCUCAUUGGAUGACAUGCAAAAGUAUUACGGAGACAAGUGCACAGUGAAGCUCUUCGACCAAGGCCCCUACCCAUACGCGGAUAUGUUCGGUGAGAGCAGUGAGGCGGAUGGGGGUACUGCGGGCUCCAGGGAAGGAGAGGGAGAGGAAGAAUUUCCAGAUUUCACGGGGGCUAACUACUAUUUGAUGCAGCCUAAGUAAUCCUGUUUGAUUGUUGAUUUAUAGUAUGGCAAAACAUUUCUUGGGCAACUUUUCCCCAAAUACUUGUUUAACAGGUGAAUCAAAUUCACCUGUAUUUUAUACAGCAGUUUGAAUCAGUUUGUGUCAACAUCAUCAUGUUAUUUUUCCACAACCACUGAGGCUAGGUUAUUUUUAAAAACUCAAUCCUUUUCAUAAAUGGGCAUAAAAUAGCUUUGGGGUUAUUGUCCAUACGUUAACCAGCAACUAAAAUGCACUACGCCCCAAAUUCGAAAUCUUUGUUUUAAUUGCAUUUUCUUAGUCUGUGGUAUCUGUUGUACAAUUUCCAGAAAAAGUUCGUCGAAAUUCAAAUUCUAAUUGUUUAAAAAGUCAAGAAAAAAUACAUGGCAUGGGUACAAUUGUUAUUAGAAUCAACAUUCUUUUUUUCUCUUGUAAAAUUUUGCUUUUUGGGUUUGGUACAUUUU